AUGUCCUCCGAUAACUCCAACGUGCACAACAACCCCAACGAUAUGAAUCAUCGACGCAGAGGCUCUGUCACUCAGCAGGCACUGGCUGGCCUCUUCCGCAGCAAUUCAUCGACCACAGGCACCAGCUUUCAGACUUCUGAUCCUCAUCGCCGCCGGCUUUCCAUCUCCACCACAGGCCUCGGCAUUGCAGGAACCUCUGUAGCUACCUCCGCGACAUUCAGUGGCAGUUACCGCCGAGGCAGCGUCUCCAACUCGGAUUCGUUCGUUGAUGAAAACGCCGUCGACGAGGACGAAGGGAGCAGCCGCACCGCCCCCACUACUCCCUUCGUCCGUAGGAUGAGUUUUGGUGGGCCAGCCAUGCGCACUGCCAGUGCCAUUCGCAGCGGCGGCGUUAGUCCCGGAUCUCUAAAUGGUAAUCACCCACUUGCUCCCCCCCCGGCUCCUCACGAAGCCGUUCAGCCGGAUGCGAAGAAAUCCUCAUCGGCGGCCAAGAACGGCGGCGCCGGGGCGCCGUCCUCAGCCGCGGCCUCGGCUAUUGCCGCUGCCCUGUCCACCUCGGGACGGCGCCCCAGCCUGACCGUACAGGCAAGCACUGGAAGCAAGUCAAAAUCUCUUUCUGACCGGUCUGUGUCGCGCUUAGACCAGGGCUUCAACUGGUCCGAGCAGCUUAGAUCCCGAGCCGAAAGCUCCAUCCAAGGGCCGAGGCCCUCCUUCACCUUCGGCUCCACCAUGUCCACGUCGCCCCCGCGUGGAAAUAGUCAGCCUGCCGCUGCCAUCGCUACGCCGCGCCAGGACCGCGCUAAAUCCUUUGCCGAUAUGCCCGCCCCGCCCACCCAGGCCUCCGCGGUGUCGCCCAGACCCGCCGAGCCGGAGCGUCGCAAGCCAGACCCCUUCCAGGAGCGCAUUCUGAAGGGCGACUUUUAUAUGGACUGA